GGAGCCUGAUCCGCCCACGAAACCGAGCGAGCGGACGGAGAGGCUGCCUAGUCCGGUUUUAGAGUAGCAGCCGUGUUAGGCUGCCUAGCCAGUAACCCCCUGGGCUCGAGAGCAAACAUGUCUGACCCCGCGGUCUGCAGCUUCAUUACCAAGGUGCUGUGUUCUAACGGGGGGCGGCUGGAGCACAGCAAGAUCCCCCAGCACGUGGACCUCUCCGAGCAGCAGCUGGCGCAGAUCCUGCAGGAUGUGGGGCACGAGAGGUUUCUGGUGCACAAGGAGGGGGGCUCCCGCUGGGUGCUGGCUGUGUCGCCGCUGCGCCUCUGCGUCCGCAAGGAGUGUGAGGGCUGCGAGCGCCUCCACUUCUGCAAGCUCAACCUCAUGGGCAAGUGCAACUUUGGAGUCCGGGCAUGUAAAUACUCCCAUGAUAUCUUCACGGAUGAAAACCGAAAAGUGCUGAAGACCCAUGAAGUCAGUGGCCUCAACGAGAAUGAGCUGCGGGUCCUGCUCCUCCAGAAUGACCCUUUCCUCCUGCCUGAUGUCUGCCAAUUCUAUAACAAAGGUAGAGGACCACAUGGGACUUGCAGCCAGCAAGACAAUUGCAACAAACUUCAUGUUUGCCGACAUUUCCUCCGAGGAGAGUGUAGGUUUUCCAAGUGCAACAGAUCCCACAGGAUUCUGGACGGCAAUGUGCUGAGGUUGCUGAUAGCAGAAGGAUUAAAUAUUAUCACAGUGAAGAACAUCCAGGUCAUCUGUGAUCACAAGCAUACUGAGUUCAGCAAGGAGGUGGGCCAGUGGAAAAUGCCUCCCCCACACAACAGAGCUACACCAGUUGGAGAUAAAAAGAAAGCAAGUGCUGGGAAUCCAGAAGAAAUUGGACCUAGGCCCACUUCCACUACACCAGCCUCUACAUCACAUGAGUCUACCUCACAAGGUGUCAAAGCUGUUCCUCCUUCUAACGCUUCUGGGAGCAAUGAAAUUAAAAAAUGUGAUGAGAUAUGCCUGUACUAUAUCUGGAGGUACUGCAAACAUAAAGAUGACUGCAGGAUGAUUCAUUAUCAUCUGCCUUAUCGAUGGCAGAGGUUUGAUGGAGUCAAUUGGCUUGAUGUUCCCAAAAUGGAGGUAGUCGAAAAGGCCUAUUGUGACCCCCAAAACGACAGCUUGGCAGCAGAUCAAAACAUCAAUUUCAAGUUAAUUACCUCUUCUUCUGCUCUGCUUCGACGCCUCUCCACACCAUCAUCGGUUACAAAACCCCCCAAAUUCAUAAUGACGACAAAAUGGAUUUGGUAUUGGAAAAAUGAUCUCGGCCAGUGGAUUGAAUAUGGGAAACAGGAUGGACUACAGGGAGCCGCUGCGCUAACUUCUGAUGAUUUGGAGAAUUUAUUUCUGGCGAAUCCAAAUGACAUCCUACAAUUUCAGGCUGGUUCCCAACAAUAUGAGAUCAAUUUUAAAGAAAUGGUCCAGAAAAAUGUCCGCUAUCAAACUCAAAGAGAAGUCCGCAGGCGACCAAAGUUUGUGUCCUCAGAAGAUGUGAAAAAGAUGAAGAAAGGCCAAAGAGUGACUGAUACUCCAGAUCAAAACUAUCCUAGAAACUGGGACAAAUCAGCGCUGCCUGACGUGGGGUACAAGGCAGUGGAGAUCACUAAUCCAUCCUCUGAAUUCACUGAAAUUGAGACCCUAUUUAAAAGGACAAUGAACAAUUAUGUUAUCCAGAGAAUGAGGAGGAUUCAGAACCCAUCCCUUUGGCAAGUCUUUCAGUGGCAAAAAGAGCAGAUGAAGAAGAAAAAUGGAGGGAAAGAUGUAGAUGAGAAGCUCCUGUUCCAUGGAACCAACAGUUCCUAUUUGGAAGCCAUCUGCAAUCAAAAUUUUGACUGGAGAAUCUGUGGGGUCCAUGGAACAAACUAUGGAAAAGGAAGUUACUUUGCCAGAGAUGCUAAGUAUGCCCACUCUUAUAGUCAAUCUGCUGCAAAAGGGAACACCAUGUUUGUGGCUCGAGUUCUCAUUGGAGACUUUGUUAAAGGAAACCCAACCUACGUUCGUCCCCCACAAAGAGCUUCUAAUAUGCUCACCUUUUACGACAGCUGUGUGGACAAUGUGCUGGUUCCCUCCAUUUUUGUCAUCUUUGAGAAGCAUCAGAUUUACCCAGAGUAUAUAAUAGACUAUACUGAAGAGGAAAAAAAAUGUUUUGUAUCUUAAAUAAGGGAGAGAGCAGUUUGUAUCUCUCACUGUAGCAUUCAGACCUAAUUUUACAUGGUUUUUAAGGGUUUCUUAUCCUGGAUUAGAUUGUCUAAUACUCAUUUCAUUUUUAAUAGAGCACCUUUCCAAAUACUACAAGGAGCAAAUUCUUUGGAUGAAGGAGGUUGGCAGGAGGAGCAUCCUGCACACUAGGCAAUUACUCUUUUUCAUCUAACUGUUGACUUUCACUUGUUCAUAAUAUGUAAACCUUAGGGUAGCCCCACACAGGAGGGGUCAGAAUUGGGGAUGUGGGAGUGGAAUUUGUGAUUCUUCUUUGUGCAGCAACAGCAAACUUUGGAAAUACGGUCUAGAAAGCAUUUCUCUUCAGAAAUACGUUCAACCAAGAGAAAAAUUGUCAAUUCUAGUUUAAUAUAGUUGACAAGUUGAUUUUGUAAUGCUCCAAAUGAUGAGUCAUUCAACUCUGAGGUGGCUCUUUCCCUUGCCUGCCCUAUCAUUUCCAAGGGACUUGUGAAUUAGUUUACUGUGGAUUUGACAGGGUGGUGUUCUUGAAGUACCAUAUGUUGAUGUCAAUAUUUUAGAUCAAAAUCAGUAACUAGACAAAUAAAAAGUCUGUUUUUUGUAAACUGGUGUAAUGAAUAAGGUCUCAAAAGGAGGAAUUCCUCCUACUGCACAAGCAAUGUCAACCUAGUGGUUAGAGCAGAAUAUGGUCAGCCAUGGGUCUGUUUCCAACUCUAUAGCAGACUCGCUGUGCAACUUGAUCUGGAGGUAGACUAUUACAAUUGACAGUCUGGGAAAAGGCAUGCCCCAGAAUUAGUUGUUUCCGUUGCUAAUGAUUACAUGCAUAAAUUUAAAGGCUUGGUUGAGAUUCACUUGAAAACUUGGCCUUUAGUGUAUUACGUUUUCCACAUGUGGAUAGUUGUCCAACAAAUGCUGUAGGACAGAAGUAAUGUCUUGGGGUGCUUUGAUGUUUUUCUGUCAUGCAGGAUGGACAGUAACUUUCGUUGUGCCAGGGAAUCACGUGACUUGCGUGGGGUGAACAUCUUUAAAGAUGUUCAUCACUCUGGUGCAGUAGAACGUGCUCACUUGUCAAGAACUUGUUAGUUCCUCGUUAACUGUCAUAUUCAUUUUCUAUGGCCAGUUCUACGCUAGAAAAAUUACCCACUGCUGACAAUGAUGAGCCAAGCAUAGUCAUAACAGUGUUCUAACUAUUGUUUCUGAAAUGGUUCGGGUCUUACCAGAUAGUUCUGGUCUACAUUUUCAUAUAAACCAUGUUUAACAUUACCCCAUGUCAGCAAUGGGUAACUUUACUAAUAGUGACCAAGCAUGUUUUAUUAACAGAUCUGCAGUCUGUUGAGCUCUCAUUCAAGGGGUUUUUUGGGUAAUGAAGAUCGCAUUUCCAUUAUCCCCCUACUAACUUUCUACGAGCGCACCUUUUGGGCUGAAAUGCCUCUGCUCAAAGGUGAAUCAUUUUGGCAAGAGUGAGCAAACUCCCUUGGCUGGUGGGAGGGGAACACUGCUACAGCAAGAACUACUGAAGUUUUUAUAAUGUGGCAUGUUUGAAAACUAUUGCAUUUUUCUAGGCUUCGGCAGGGGGAGGGGGAGAGAAUCUGGUUUUGAAUUUAGCCAAGUUGUAACAACAUCCUGGGCAUAGGAGUUAGACACAUUCCAGGCUGGAGAUGCUCAUGUGAGAUGCUGGGAACUGACAAACUCACUGAGGAAGAAGGGUGUGAGACUAGGAAAUGUAAAUACAGUAAAUGUGUCAAGCCUUUAUACAAUCAAAGAAUAUUUUUCACCUUUUAAAAACAAAAAUCAGAAAUAUAGAAUCUGGUUAUCCAUGGUGGUGGAGGACUUGUUGGAGGCAUUCCAAAAUAUGUUUGAGUGCUUUGACACCUCAGCUGAAGGGUGAAGAGGUGUAGGUUGAUUCUGAAACACUUGUUUCUCCCACAUGUUCACUAGGCUCUGGAGUUUUAUAUUUUUAGACUCCUAUUUAAUAGAGUAUAAAAGUCAGUUCUAUUACUCAGCUUUUGUCUCUAGUAAUGAACUAAUGUCACUAGACUUAAAUGUGUAAUGUAAUGUAAGCUUAUGCCAUAAUCAAGUAGACAGGCCAAUUAAUACUGCUAUUCCAGGCUUUUUACUUUUGUGUUUCUGGACUUCGAUUUGACCUUGGCAACUGUAGUGAGACCUCAGGUAAUUCUGCAUACACAGCUAAGUAUGAAGGGCUGCAUCAAACAGAACAGUGUGUGACUGAGCUUUGCAAUCACAAAAUGUCUCUUAAUAAACUGAAUAUCAAAUUA